CCGAGAGCGAUGCAAGUUUGAGCUGGAGGCCACAGUAUAGAAAGAGCAGCUAUCUUCAUUCAUCUAUGGCCUGUCUAGGGGAGACCAAGCAAAACUGGCUGAGGUUUAGACUAAAACACAACUUUGUGCCUUAGAAAGAAUGGGUCACUGUAAGCUGUGAUCUCCAAAAGAUUAAAAGUGAAAUGACGCAACUAGUUCUGGCAGGAAGCUGAGUUGCUAUGUGUAGGAGGAGAGGCCAAGCAUCGACAACCUCUGUGCCUUUGGUGAUGAUGCCUGAAUGAAUACCCUGGGUGCUGGAUAUGAUGGGUAGAUGAAUGAUCAUCUGACUCAUCUCUGGAGUACAAAGAUUGAAGGUGAACUUGAGCAUCACAUUCAUCAUCACAAUGGCAGCAGUCUUCCUGGUAGAUUUCAUGAAGAGUCAUCCUAAUCUCUUGGUGAUCUAUAAUGGAAAUGUCCCAUGCCCCAUCUGUGAGGGGAAUGGCUCUGUGCCACACCUGCCGUUGCUUAUCUUGGUAGGCGAACAAUGCAUGCUCCUCAAGAGGGUUAUUGGAAUUCCAGUAACCAUGACACAUUAAC